AUCAUGGCCGACUGCCACAACCACGAACACUCUGACUCUGAAGAUCCUGAAGAUGAAAUUAACUCUGAUCCCAUACUCCGGAAUAAACGACUUGGAGAAUCCACUCUCGACGCGUACUAUCGAAGACUAUAUCAUUUACACCUCAAACCUAUCAAGCGCGAGGACGUCGCGAAGUGGGCUAGGCUAAUUGAAGGGGAUCCGAACAGGGUUGUGAGCGUGCUAAGACUCUACAAGCAGGGUGCGAGUAAUAUAUGGGAUGAUACCGAACGGGACUACUACCCCGCGUUGACAGCUAUUCGCAGUGUAGCAAAGGAAGGCGGGAAGAGAUGGAGUGGACUCGUCAGUGCCGGUCUCGCCGACGCGUUAUGCUUCGCGGUCAUAGAGAGUACGAUAUCUCCAUACGAACCUUGCCCGCAGAACGCGUCGGAUAUUACGAAGAGGCACUAUGCUACUGCAAUUCCGGAGCCAUGCUGGAGACCGCUCGAAAUUCUCUCAAUCGUUACGCAAGACUUCAAGAGGCCCCCGUCGAAAAUCGAUCUAUUGACGAUCGAAGCUUACAAGUCGUCCUGGUCCCAGAUAGUUCACCGACUAUGGCAGGAGCAAGAGAAGGCUAAGCCGCGUGCAACCCACGCGGGGAACUGGAUGUGCUUCAGCCACCUCAUCACACACCUCUUGCCUGCCGACCCUACCUUUCUGCGUAUUAUUGACGACAAGUCCGACCUGACGCUUGCUCUCCUUUUCCGUUACCUCUUCACCACCAGCGUCGAAGGUUGGAACCUCGUUGCCACAGCCAUAACUGACAUUCUUGCACCCAACGCGGGACAUAAUGUCGCCUACUACCGUGCCAACCAUCCACACUCUCGCCACCUUUUUAAGAAGAUAAUGUUACCUUGCGCAAAUGCCACCGAUCUCGAGGACCCCGCUCCGAGGUUCUGCGCUCGUGUAGCCGCAUUACUUGAGAAAUUGGACAGUUGCAGAGCAUACAGAAUGCUUGCGGUUAUCGAGAUACUCUACAAGAUUGCGUCGGAGCAAUUGGAUGCCAAUCAAGUCACUCAUGCCUCGAUGUUUAUCCAUGCAGUAGAUCGGUCGGUCUUGCUCUGGUCGGAGUUGAUGAAAUUGUUCGUGAGGGAGGCGAGGAGAAAUAAGGAGGCGGAGAAGGAGCUAGAAGAGAAAGGGGCAGAAAAAGACCCACCUUGCCAAAAUUGCCGAACGGUCUCAUUUACGUUGCAGGUCAUUGAGAAAUGCGUCUACCUGAAUAUCGGAAGACCACCGACGCAUUCGAGCAAUGAGAUUUUGCAGACAUUGGUCAAGGCAGAUCUUUUCGGGAGUUUGGAUAUAGUGUUGAAACUCUCUGAGGUCGGGUCUGGUGUCCACGGUUACGCUAGCCCACUGCUGAAUGUCUUGUUCUUCAGUGCCAAUGAAUGGCCUGCCAUGAAAAAACUCCUUCGCGCUACACUGCCUCGCCCAAUAUCUUUCCGCCACCUUCUCGAUAUUGCCUUCCUUCCGUCCGGUCUUCCUCGUCUCCAUUCACCCGGCGCUUACGUCCCGGCGCCGAACGUCAUCUCUGAAAUGAAGUUCGAAGACCUAGGCAAGGAAAAAUUCGAGAUGUUCCAUGCCCAAAUAAUGUGGCAGCGUCUGAUGGAGCUGCAGAAUCAAGUCAGAGUAAAAAAUAGGUGUGGGAGGAGGGGAUGUAGGGAGAGGGCACAGCGCGUGUGUGCCAAGGAGGGCUGUCGUACGAGGUACUGUUGCACUGAGUGUCAGACAUUGGAUUGGGAAGAACACCGAUUGGUGUGUGGAUUCGCCGUCGCAGACAGACCACCCCCUGGUCGAGCGAUCAUGAAGGUAGUAAUUCCGCGUAAGCAGUGGAGGGAUGAUGAGUCCAGCUCAGAGGGUGAAGAUACGAGCGACGAAGAUGAGGGUCUGGAUUGAUUAUUUUCACACUCAGACAGUUGAUUUAUUCUGUAUAUAUCGUUGCAACCUCGUUGUGUCUUGAUUUAGCCACCGUGCAUUCUCG